AUAUUAGAAAUACAGCAGGCAAUGUCAUUAGAGGAUAUUAAAACAACAUUACGCCGUUUUCCAAAGCUACUUGGAAGUUUAGGAAUUUUGACCACCGCCGGCAUCAUUCUCUACGAGACACCUCAGAUCCGAAAAUACCUAUCACAAUAUGUGGAAAAGAAGCAACAGGAGCCAGACAAGCGUCGCACAGAAUAUAUUUACAUUAAGUACCACAUUUAUCGGGAGUCCAUGCGCAAGUUACAACAAAAACAGGAGGACGAAAAGAAAUGGAUAAGUGUCAUUAUCAAUCCCAUCGGCAAAUGGUGGAAGUCAGCAAAGCAUUCGGUUGCCUGGCGUUUGCUAAACAUUGCCCAGAAUGGUAGCCAGGCGGAACGCUUGAAGGCAGUGCAGCAGCUUAUCUGUAUGGAUCACCUGAAGGAUUGGGAUUUCCGGCAUUUGGCACAGAUCUGUGAUGCACGUACCUCUGUCUCUCUGGCACGUUGCGGUGCCGAUAUGCGUUGGUUUAUGCCAGUGCCAAGGCGUGGCUGCAUUCGCAAUCCGAAAAUGUUGCUCAGUGAGCUGCACACGAUGCUAGAUCGGUUGCGUCCCUUGUCCUGCGUGGAUCAUUUCUUCAGCAAAUACUUUCCCAAUCAGGCUUAUUUGAAUGAAGACAGUGAAUUUUUAACGCAGGAUCAAAUAAUUUCGCUUUCUGUACAGGACACAGAUUUAAUGAAGGAAAUCAUCUCUUUUUUGCAUCACAUCACCAAGGAUACAAAUGUUGCGGCACAGAUUGUACACAAAGGCGGCUUAAUGCAUUUAAUGGAACUGCGCAAGAUUUUCGCUGAUGAUAAUGAAACACUUUCCACACUGUGCAAAGUUCUAGCCAAUUUGUCCUUGGUGAACGAUGCCGUGGAGCACUUCUUUGUGUCCGGGUGGGUGGGUGUACUGGCUGAAUGGCAGCAAUGCCCUGAUCUGCGCCUCCAGGUCAUAUCAGCCAAAACGAUGGCUAAUUUGGAUCACGAUGAUCCUAAUCAAUUUACAUAUCCACCCAAUGUAUAUCCGUUGCAUCCACGUGUUCGCACCCGGCGCAAGCCAAAGGCGGAUAUUGUAUUCAUACAUGGAUUAUUAGGAGGCGUUUUUAUCACAUGGCGUCAACGGGAUCGUAAGCCCACCGAAUUGGGACUCUAUGGCAAGAAUGCUUUCUAUACUAGCGAAACAGAUGAUGUAUUUCUUGUGGGCGAACAGAAGAGGAAUGGAAGUAGGAUACAACAUAACAGACAACAGGGCAGACCUUUAAUACCUGCACAAUCACAAGCCAGUAACGAUCCAAACAAGCAAAGUAUCAAAUCGAAAGACGCUUUGCUUAUGACGAGCAAAAAGAAAGUGGAGGAUACACAUCUGAACAUCAGCGAUACGGCUACCAAGGAGUUUAUGGAAACUUUAUGCAGUGAGUCUGAGCUUGAUUCGGAUUGGGAGGUGGUGCAUCCAGAUAUACCACUGGACGGCAACGAGAAUUGUCGUGGCAAUUUUAGUGUCUCGGGCAAUGAAUGGAACAAUCAGGAUAGUAGCGAGGAGUAUACAAAUUGUUGGCCCAUGGAGUGGUUGCCGGAUGAUUAUCCGGAUUCAAGAAUCAUUGGCAUUGACUAUACGUCCGCGGUGACCGAGUGGUCGGCUAACUUUACCAAGUAUUGUCCCUGUGAGAAGGGCCAGGGUCAUAUAGAUGUGCGGGCCAGCUCGCUGUUGGAACGUAUUGCAACCGCCGAUGUGGGAAAUGGCCGGCCAGUGGUCUGGAUUGGUCAUUCCAUGGGAGGACUGCUCACUAAGCUAAUACUGCUGAAAUCUUUGGACUCCUUGGAACAGUCUGUGCACCAGAUAUCCAAAAAUACGCAAGGAAUUGUAUUUCUGGGUACACCGCAUCGUGGUUCACCUAUUGCGAAAUGGAAACAGCAUAUGCAAAUGAUUUUGUCGCCAUCGAUUGAGGUUAAGGAAAUGGAGGAAAACGCCCCAAAAUUGCUGGAAAUGCAUCGCCGAUUUAUGGGCUGCCUGCAUACAGUCCUGCGUCACGUGAGUGUCCUUAGUGUGGCGGAAGGAUCACCCACCAUGCUGACCACAUUUAAGUUCCCACUGCGCAUUGUAACGGAGGAGUCGUCGAGGAUCGAUUUCGGUGAAUUCUUUUUGCUCAAAGAUGAUCAUCUUAGCUUGUCUAAGCCGAUCUAUCGCCAAUCGUUUCUCUAUCAACGACUGCUUCACGUGAUAAACGAGGCAAUCGCACAGAGCUCUGAUCCAAAAAACAUAGAUGAGCCAUCUUUACCUAAUACUGAUAUACUCACAAUGAAUAUUGUCGCUGUGGUACUUAAGGGGGCAAAGGGUCUAUUCGAAAUGCUGCCACGCGUAGCCCUGCGUUUCACAACAUAAAAAGCCAAUCCGAACCAAUUCAGAAAUAUUCACAGACACACGCUAAACACGCUUGUACCUUGAUUAAGCUAUGCAUCCCAGCUAGGAAUUUUAGUUUGUAGUUCAUCGAAUUCAAUAGUAUUUUUCGUUAGUUCAACUUAGCACCUAGACGUGUGUUCAUAAUGUGUAUAUUUACAUUAAUAUAGGAAACGACU